AUGUGCUUUAAAGAAUUUCGGGACGUUUUCGGUGGUGUAACGGUCAAAUCGUGCGACCUCACUUCUGCUCAAAAGCAGCUGGACUCAUUCUCCUCUCUCAUGUCACAGUCACUGAAUAAUUGGAGAGAAAAAGGUGUUCGUGGUGUUUGGAUUAAGGUUGAUAUUACGGAUUCUCACAUUAUUCCAGUGCUGGUGGAUAAAGGAUUUUUAUUCCAUCAUACGCAGCCAACUUACUUGAUGAUGACGAACUGGCUACCGGAAACGCCAUCCACGUUGCCACGGUAUGCACACACGAUGAUCGGCGUCGGCGGUCUUGUGAUCGAUACAGAGGAUCGGGUCCUGUUGAUGAGGGAGCGACACGGGGUGUACCUAGGUUGGAAAUAUCCUGGCGGACUUUCAGAUCCGGGAGAGAGCAUAUUUGAUACAGCUACUCGUGAAGUACUCGAAGAAACUGGAGUUAAGGCACUAGGAAAAGCCAUAUUGUGCUUCAGACAAAUUGCUAGAUCUCAAUAUGAAAAUGUUGGCGAUAUUUAUUUUGUCUGCGUCAUGGAAGUUGUUGAUGACACUAUGAAAGCAGGCUCGACUGAAGAAGCUGCCGAAUGUAGAUGGUUUACCAGAGACGAAAUUAAAUCAUUGCCAGAACAGGUUUUUCGUGAUUUCCAUCACGAAAUCCUCAAGAGAUACGAUAAGUGGAAGAGUUCUGGACGAGCUGGAUGUCAUAUGGCAUUCAUGCAAAUUCACUGGCAGAGAUUGUAA